AUGGAUGUUGAAGAUCUCAUAUACGCAUGCCGAGCUCCUGACGAUGAGAUGCUGGAUGAAAUUUUGGAAAAAUGCCCUGGUGAACUAAAUCGUAGAGACGAAAACGGAAAUUCUGGACUUCAUAUGGCAAGCGCUAAUGGAUACACUCAUAUCGUCCAAAAAAUUUUGCCCCAUUUAUCCCCAGAGACUGUGAAUGCUCAAAACUCUAGCGGAAAUACAGCCAUGCACUGGGCAGCUCUAAAUGGACAUGCUGAUAUCUGCAAGUUAGUAUUAGAGGCUGGCGGAGAUCUUCAUCUUAAAAAUAACCACGAUAAAAGUGCAAUUUAUGAAGCCGACGUGCGGAAUCAACAAAAGGUGAUGGAGCUGUUUCUUGAUUACGAAAUCGCGAAAAGUAAUGAAAACGAAGAAACAGAGCCGAAUGAGCAGGAAAGUUUUUGA